AUGGCACGGCUGCGUUUUCGGCUGGGCCUGGGCCUGGUACUGCGGCUGGGCCUGGACGCGGAACUGCGGCUGGGCUUGAGCCUGGGACUGAGCCUGGGACUGCGACUGAGCCUGGUACUACGGCUGUGCCUGGGUCUGGGACUUGGACUGCGGCUGGGCGUGGACCUGGGACUGUGGCUGGGCGUGGGCCUGGGACUGUGGCUGGGCCUGGACCUAGUACUGCGGCUGGGCCUAGGCCUGGGACUGCGACUGGCACUGCGGCUGGGUCUUGGCCUGGGUCUGGGCCUAGGACUGGGACUGGGGCUGGGCUUGGCACUGGGAUUGGGGCUAAGACUAGGGCUGGCAUUGAGGCUGGGCUUGGGCUGA